AUGAAAUCCUUCGAACCCCGUUUGUUUUACAGGUUGAAGGAUUCCACGGCUCUACAGUAUUGUAUUGAUCGAGCGAUUAAUUAUGCACCGUACUGUGAUCUCAUUUGGAUGGAAACUAGCCAUCCCACUAUCGCUGAUGCCAGAGAAUUUGCUGAGGGAGUCAGAAAAGUCUACCCUGACAAGAUGUUUGCCUACAAUUGCUCGCCUUCCUUCAACUGGAAGCAGCAUCUCAGCCCAACGCAGCUGGAGAAAUUCCAGAAGGAACUCGGAGCCCUUGGUUUCAAGUACCAGUUCAUCACUUUGGCUGGAUUCCAUGCGAACAGCUACAGUAUGUUCGAUUUGGCACGCAAUUACAAGGAGAAGGGUAUGCUGGCGUAUUCUUCUCUCCAACAGCAGGAAUUCGCGGCAGAACAGCACGGGUACUCUGCCGUGAAACAUCAACGAGAAGUUGGUACCGGUUACUUCGAUCACAUUUCAAAUGCGGUCACAGGUGGCCAGUCGAGCACCACUGCUCUAACUGGCUCCACUGAAGAGGCUCAAUUCCACACAGCAACAGCCAGCAGUGAAGAUGAGGAGAUUCUUAUGGUAAGUGAAAUCAACGAUGGUGUCUACUUCCCUGAUUUCUCAUCCGAAACCGCCCAUCUGAGGGAGGAUCUUGGAUGGAAAGGAUCUGAAAUCCCACACGAUCUUCAGGUGUUUAUGGCCGAUUUCGAAGACUCCAACACACCGUCGUGGAGGAAUCAGGUUGAAGGACAGGUCAAUCUCUACGAUGCCGUCAGAGACAACAUCUCGUACAUACAGCCAGCCACCAAGAAGGAAUACACUCUCAACCAAAAAGUUGCUGUGCUGAACGUCCGACCACGUGGUUGGCAUCUACCAGAGAAGCACGUUCUCAUUCACAACAAACCUACCUCGGGAUCACUUUUCGACUUCGGUCUUUUCGUCUACCAUAACGCCAAGGUUCUGAAGGACAAGGGUAGUGGACCAUACUUCUACUUGCCUAAACUGCAAAACGCCGAAGAGGCGAAACUGUGGGCCGAGGUGUUUGCCUACUCUGAGGAUAGGCUCGGUCUACCCAAAGGAACUAUCAAAUGCACUGUACUCAUCGAGCAUCUUCUGGCAACCUUCCAGAUGAACGAGAUCAUCUACGCGCUCAAAGACCACAUUGUUGGACUGAAUUGCGGACGAUGGGAUUACAUCUUCUCCUACAUCAAGACGUUCCAGAAUCACAGAAAAUUCUUAUUGCCAGACCGAUUCCAGAUUGGUGGGCAUGACUUCACCAUUCAUGCGAGCAUACUCGCUUCUUGUACAAACCGUGCCCUCAGCUUGAGGAAUUCACCAGCACCUGGUAAUGCCGCUAAAUCCUAUCAAAACGAUGACUGCCACGGCGCCUACCUGAGCCAAAAAAUUGGUGCCAGGACAAUUAAUACCUUUCUAUUCCGUAUUUUAUUGACAGAACUACUACCGAAAGCAAUAAAUGAAGUUUCCAGACUUCCUGAAGCAGCUGAACUCUUGGAGAAAUUCGCCCUUGAAGAGCAUAUGAGCGAUUUCCUCACGUUGGAUGCCUACGACAAACUGGUAUCGGAAGGACACUAG